CGGUUCAUUUCUGAUUGAAACUUCUCGCUUGCUCGCCGAGCUAAGUCAAAUUGAGUCGUAAUGAUGCUCGUUGUUUUGAGUACGAAGCUGCGAAGUUUGGCCAGAAACGAAAACCGAAGGUCCGGAAAAAAACGAAAAUGAUAUAACUGGAGCUUGCAGUUAGAAAAUCGUUCAUACAACGCACUGUAUGUUAGAUUGGACUAAUUUUCAGUCUUGAUUUUCAGUCUUAAAACAUCUGAAGUAUUGUAUUCUGGCGACAGACUUGCAUAUAAGCUCACAAAGCUUCUCGGAAAUGGAAUUCAACAAGCAAAACCGCUGUAAAUGUACUUCUUAUUCACACAAAACCAGCAAAUAGAUGAGUAAAUAUUCAGUCAUAUUAUUUUUAGCCAUUAGAACAAAUUCGGCGGUAUUAAUACGAGCAUAUUACAGAAUUACCAACAAUAUUUUAAUAUACAAAACCGUAAUUUAGCGAACUUGCAAAGAUCCAGAAAAAUCGGACAUUUUGACUCGGCGUGUCUUAACGUAUUAUAUUAGUCAUAUAAUUAGACGUUAAAUAAUCAAAGCGUUAUUUUUAUUCAGUCAUUUUAUUUUCAAACUAAUCAGACUGCGUAGGCGAGUAAGAAUAAUCAAAACUAGUCUGUCGACCGAGACAAAAAUAAAAAAUAGUGACAACAGUUGUGACAAUUUAUUCUUCAAUUGUUCAAAAAGCGAACAGGCUUCAGAAUGAGCCAGGCUGAAUUCUUCGGAGAAAUGGAGGAAGCCGAAAAAGGCGAAUCUGUCAUGCAUGAGUUUCCGGACGAACUAUUUGAAGACCUUUUUGGUCUGGAAAAGGAGAAAGAGGACAAUCAGAGACACCCCCCGAUGAACUAUCACGAAUUGUCUACACUGCAAAAAGGAAUCAUGAAUGGUUCAGUCAUGGAGACGAAAAAGGUGAUGGAUCCACCACUUGUGAACAUGGAAGAGCCUCCAUCAUCGGCCAACUUCAUUACCAUGCAAUCGCCCCCAAGCGGAGCUCCAAAUGGGGCCACUGACUUGAGCGGGGUUCCAACAAUUUUCAAAAAUGAAGCGAAUAUGGCAGUGACCCGUCAAUACGUCCAGUCGUAUACGCAAAUGCAAGGCUACAUAGUGGUUUCUCCGACUGUCCAGAACGUUUCUUUGGACACCCCUGGGUUCCCAACUGGCGCGUAUGUACUGGCAAACGCACAACAAUGCGACCCACAAAGUCUCCAGGAGUUGCAGAAUCGUAACAAUAUAGAGGCUUUGAAUCCCGAUAUCGUUUUCGGAAGUUCACAGCAAGCUGAACCAGAUUUCACCGAAAGCCAGUUCGCUGAAACUUCACCGGCGUCAUCUGAUACAACUGAGCGUUACGAAGACACUCCGUACCAGGAAUCUAAACAGUCGAAGAGAAACAAGGAAAAGGACCCCGACAACGUGAAACUGAAACAACGAAUUAAAGAGCUCGAGGACAAGAAGUCGAAGCGUGUUCUGACCAAAAAUGAAGAAAAUUCUUUGAACCGACUGCGAAACAAUUUGUCGUGUCGGGAGUCGAGGAAGAGUAAAACGCAAAAAGACAAACAACGAGACGACACGUUGAAGAAAAUGACAAAGGACAGAGACGAAUACAAAAGGAAAUGCGAACAUUACGAGAACGUAAUGCAAAUGCUUCUUCUGAGCGCGGAAGUUGCAGAUCACAUCAAACUUUUCAUCAACCAUCACCGAACGAAUAUCAAGUGAAGGAAAGAACCGAUAUGGUGCAUAAUAAUUACACUGUAAAUAAAUCCUUCAUUUAUACUAAACUUCCUCCAGUCCCAAAAUUAGAGUACAAGUACAAAACAUGUUUGAUAAUAGCAUGGCGAGGAAGGGGGAAGGGAGGAGCCGGAAUAACUUUGAACUAUUUUGUGUCAGCAAUUUUUGUCCAACACUUAAAAAUUUCCAAGGGCACCUUUGGCGCCAGCAGACACUAAUAUUGUUGAGCGAGAACGUUCCAAGCAGCAUUUUUUAUCUGUUUUUUUUUAAAGAUUUUUUGUGCUCCAAAUAAUGUGUAUAGUGUUUUGGGAAAGCUGGGAAAAACCACAGUAUUCGACCUAAAAAACAUCGACUAACUUGCCCAGAUAGUUUUCGAAAACCCACUACAAUCCCCUUUCCCUCAAAAAAAAAGCCUCCGCGCGCCACUGAUGUUUAAAAAAAAUUUGCAAGACUGAUGUGCAAUAAUGUUGGGACACGGAAACAUUGCUUCAAUUAGUUAACAUAUAUAGUGCUAUUAAUUUCAUACCAGAAGUAUAUUAUAACUAACCUGUGAGUUUCAGUAUUCAGUUA